AUGUCAAACAAGAAUCAAUACAUUGAUCCAACAGGCCGUAUGGCCGAGAGCACCAUGCGUAUUCAGGAUCUCCAUCAAGCCGAAAAGAAACUCGUGUUAUUGAUUGAAACAGCUGCUGAGGCUCUCUCCAUUCUCUCGGAUGAAGCACCAAGCGAUGUGGACACAGACCAAUUUGUUCGCGAAAGAGCCAUGUCAUUUCGCGAAUUAGCAUCGAGAUAUUUUUCCUUGGUCAAUGAUAUCCAAUUCGCUCUAAGAAGCCAUACUCGAUAUCUCACAAAAGAAGCCAGCAUCGCAUCAUCAGCCAACAAGAUUAUACCCUUUAAAACAUCCGUCAUCAGUCAGCACAAAGAACUGGAAAUUUGGACAGCUGCUAUUGAUACCAUCAGCCAACGCAUUGCAGAAAUCAAAAAAGUAGCACAAGAACAGUAA